GCUGAAUCUGAUGCUUUUCGUAUUCUCCUCUCUCCCAUCUCUGUUUCUCUCAAUCUCUCCAGAUUGAGCGUGUUUCUCAUGCUUUCCCUUUUUUUAUUAACUCCUUUUCUUUUCCCCGUAUUAACCAUGUUAAAACUAUAAAUAACAACACAAAUCAGCCAUUUUUAUCAGUGCCCAACUCCUUCAUUUUCUCUUGCCUUUCUUUACCUCUUUAAACUCUUCCAAACCCUUUUUCUUCAUCGACACAAUGGCAGCUCAACCACGUCCAUGGUUCCGUUUAGGCUCCAUGAUCCGUCCCGCCCCCGGCCCCGCCCCUGCCUCUACACCCACUCCCGAACCUGCACAAGCUCAAGCACAAGCACCAGCGCAAGUGCCUGCACCAACACCUGCCCCGGCUCCGACACCGGCUUCACCGGCUCCGACACCGGCGAGAGAACUUUCUCCGGCGCCGACACCGGCUCCAAGACCCUCUCCUACAGUUUCACCCGUGCCUGCGCCUGCGCCAGCUUCGCCUGCGCCAGCUGCGUCUGCCCCUGCCGUUGCCCCUACCCCUGCCCCUGCCGAUGCCGCUGCCCCUGCUCCAGCGCCAGCACCCUUUGCUGCUCCGGCACCUAUAGUUCGACCGCCAUUCAGGCCAAUAGCUUCAGUCCCCGCGCCUGUUGUGGUUAGUCGUCCGGUAAUCACUCCUGCGCCUGCCCCUGCUCCAGCGCCAGCACCCGUUGCUGCUCCGGUACCUAUAGUUCGACCGCUAUUCAGGCCAAUAGCUCCAGUCCCCGCGCCUGUUGUGGUUAGUCGUCCGGUAAUUACUACUGCUCCUCCCCCACCCACACCUGCACCUGCUGUAUCGCCUGCGCCAACAUCACCAGCUCAACGAGCAAGGUCACCACCUUCUACUGCUGUUUCCAUCACGACAACUUCCUCGGUGCCUUCAUCACCAUAUAGAGCCACUGCGGCCACCACCACUACCGCUGCCCCCACCGCAACUGCUGCUCGUUUGCCCAGUCCUACCCAGUCUCCCAAAACCGUAAAGCCUCCCGCGCCACAAACCACCUCACCUGGUAGGCCUCCCUCUCCUCUCACUCUACCAACCUCUCAGCUGAGGUCCAAUGCUGAGCCUGAAGCCAGGAUUCCAGCCGAGGCAGAGCAAAAGACCGUGCUGGUCCAAAGGACCAUUGAAAAGCCGAGGCCGUGGCUUGGCAGCGGUGAGCCCCGCCAGACUGGCACUCAUCACAUUUCCACCACCGGGAUUAAACCCAAGGAGAAGCUAGGCGGUGAUAAGAAACCAUCCGAUUCUGAGGACAUUGGCAUGAGGAUCAUAACCCUUGCAGGGGAAAACAAAGGAGCUCUCAUGGAGCUCAUCAAAUCCCCGAACAAAACUGGUGAAAGGUCCCGGUACCUUCACAAGAAUGGCACUGGCAGAGUCGUGGGAAGCGACGGCAAAAACGCAGCCCACAGCGACAGCGACAGCGACGAUGGAAAGGCGAAGAAGGACAAGAGUCAGAAAGGGAAGGCAAAGAAUGGAUUGCCAAUGACCGCAUUCAUGAACAGCAACGUUCAAGGCAUUAACAAUUCCAUUAUGUACAACAGCAGUUGCACUCACCAUGAUCCCGGAGUCCACCUUGCUCUAACCAGGAAGCCGAAUGGCAGCGGAUUCCAGGUCAAGGACCGUGUCACUGGCCAUGAUCACAAGUAGAGAGAGAAAGAAAAAGAAAAAGAAAGAGAAAGAGAAAAAGAAUAACUAUUUGCAUUGCCUUUUUUUUUUUUUCCUUCUCUCUCUCUUUUUAUUAUUUUAAACUUGUGUUUGGGCUUAGAUGAGAUUAUACUUGUGAUGUAAAGGAAUAAAAAAAAUGAGAGUGAUGUUAUGUGAGGUUGUGAAGAAAAGAGAGGCAUGAUGGGGUUCUGAUUCUCUUACGCUUGGCUUCUCCUUUGGAGGAGUUUGACGUAAGGUUGUUGUCUCCGUUGCGUAAUCUUAUAUUAUAAUAUCAUUAAUAACUCUGGUCAGUUGGCUAUGUUAUUUCAGCGGCCCGGCAAGGUAAUUUA